AUGUCCAAGAAGCAGGAGGUAAAGGCGUACGGCCCGAACGUGAAGAAGGGCGACCUCGUUUACGGCGUCGUGCACAUCUUCGCAUCCUUCAAUGACACGUUUGUGCACGUGACGGACACGUCCGGCCGCGAAACGUACGUGAAGGUUACCGGCGGUAUGAAGGUGAAGGCCGAUCGCGAUGAGUCUUCCCCCUACGCUGCGAUGAUGGCCGCCCAGGACGUUGUGGCGCGCUGCAAGGAGUGCGGAAUCAACGCCCUGCAUGUCAAGAUGCGCGCCGUUGGUGGUGUGCGCACCAAGUCGCCGGGCCCUGGCGCCCAGGCCGCCCUCCGCGCGCUCGCCCGCGCUGGGAUGAAGAUUGGCCGCAUCGAGGAUGUCACCCCGAUCCCGACCGACUCCACCCGCCGCAAGGGCUCCCGCCGUGGUCGCCGCCUGUAA